AUGAAGUUCUCUUCAAGCCUCGUCUGCCUCCUGGCACCCAUCACCGUUCUCGCCGCUCCCCUCGAGGAGAGGCAGGCCUCGCAGUCCAUCGACAAGCUGAUCAAGGCCAAAGGCAAGCAAUACUUUGGCACCUGCACCGACCAGAACCGCCUGACUGCCGGCAAGAACGCCGACAUCAUCAAGGCCAACUUUGGUCAGGUCACGCCGGAGAACUCGAUGAAGUGGGACCAGAUCGAGCCCAACCGCGGCCAGUUCAACUGGGCCACGCCCGACUACCUCGUCAACUUUGCGCAGCAGAACGGCAAGCUUGUCCGCGGGCAUACGCUUGUGUGGCACUCCCAGCUUGCGGGCUGGGUGAACAACGUCCGUGAUAAGGCUGGUUUGACGACUGUCAUUGAGGACCAUAUCAAGGCUGUUGUUGGCCGGUACAAGGGCAAGAUUUACCACUGGGACGUUGUCAAUGAGAUCUUCAACGAGGACGGCUCCCUCCGUUCCUCCGUCUUCUCGCAGGUCCUCGGCGAGGACUUUGUCGGCAUCGCUUUCCGCGCCGCCAGGGCCGCGGACCCCAAUGCCAAGCUAUACAUCAACGACUACAACCUCGACCAGGCCAGCUACGCCAAGACGCAGGCCAUGGCUCGCAAGGUCAAGGAGUGGAUCGGCAAGGGCAUCCCCAUUGACGGUAUCGGCUCCCAAGCCCAUCUCCAAGCUAACCAGGGCGGCAACGCUCUUGGCGCGCUGCAGACCCUCGCCGGCAGUGGCGUCAAGGAGGUCGCCAUCACGGAGCUGGACAUUGUCGGCGCCAGCGCGGCUGACUACACGGCUGUGACAAAGGCCUGUCUGCAGGUUCCGCAGUGCGUUGGUAUCACGGUCUGGGGAGUGCGUGACCCGGACAGCUGGAGGGCGCAGAAUAAUCCGCUCUUGUCUUCUUCCUCGAUGCGAAUUGGGGCUCGGGUGCUUCUCGGUAACCUGUACGGUUUCUGUCUUCAUGUACAAAUUGGAACUUUUGGCAGCUGUCAGCUUGGCGAGGAACGUUGGUUAGCCGGGCCAUCCAAUCAAGACUCUAUCGACGUGAUUCACCUUGAUUUGCUGGGUAUUCACAGUCUCUCCCCCUCUAAUCUGGCCUUGAUGCUUUCGAAUGCUGACGACUGGAACAUCGCACGCAGGAUCGUUCUCCUUCGGCUGUGCCCACCAUCCGUUGGCAUCGGCGGAGAACACCAUGUUGAUUUGCUGUGCCUCGACAACAUCCUGGACACCAUCAUCUGGUUUUGGUCGACUGUAAUCGCAGGGUUAUUGCCAGCAAUUUCAACCACUUCGAUUCUUGAGCCUGGUCGAUCAGAGUACCUCUCAUAUCUCCCCAUCUUGUUGAAGGAUCCGCUCUGCAUAGUACCUCAGUCGCUUUCAGGCUCAUAUUGUUUGCAAGACUUUGCCAAGAAGUUAAUGGUUGCCGAGACAACUUCUCAAAGUCUUGCUAGGAUGAGUACGACUGGGAGAGCCAAGGCGGUACAACUCAGCCAUGAUCAAAUACUGGUUUCGCUAGGAGGCAAAGCCAAGUCUGCAAGACCACACAGCGGCGGUCCCUACCUCAAGUGGAUCGUCAUGGACCACGUAGCGUGCCUGGCCGAGAAUUAUCUCCUCGCGAUGUACGUGGGUCUCUCCCAAGUGCAUCUCCCCGCGGACGAGGUGCUGUCCAACCCUGUACAGCUACUGAAUAUAGUCAGCCGCCACCGGGUUUCGCGAACCUUUACCCCUCAUUCUUUCUUGGCGAAGUUAUCCAGGGAGCUCGUGUUGGAACAAACAUCGUCGUGGGAUGGAGAUCUAGAUCUCGGAUGUUUGCAAUGGGUUGGUUCGGGUGGGGAAGCAAACACAGUGGAUGUCUGCGAGACACUCCAGACACAACUCGAGAACUACAGUGCUCGCAAAGACAUCAUCGUCCCGGGUUUUGGAGUCACAGAAACUUGUGCUGGGUGUGUAAAUAACGCAAAUUGCCCGACGUAUGAUCGAGGACAAAAUCACCAACAUCUUGACGUUGGCAAAGGCGUCCCUGGGCUACAGCUGCGAGUGAGACUCUUAGAUGGCAAUUCUCCAUCUACAUCCGCAAACGCCGGCCAGGUUGGGCUUCUGGAACUCUCCGGCGACGUAAUAUUUGACGGCUACUUCAACGAUCGCGACUUUACUGCGGCCGCCUUCAAAAGUGAUGGCUGGUUUAUUACUGGCGAUGUUGCUUGUGUCAACCACAACGGUCAAUUAAUCCUCUGGGGACGCUCCAAAGAUGCGAUUAUCAUCAACGAGGUGAAGUACGCCCCAGACGAGCUGGAACACCAUUUCGAGAAAGAGUUGAUACAAGGGGCAGUUCCGGGCUCUUUCUGUUGCUUCUCAACUUCGCCACAGUCAUCUGACACAGAGCAAAUUGUCGUUGCUUACGUACCAUCGGUUGAGGACAAUGAUACCCGAGCCCGGAACAAGACUCGCAAUAGGCUAGUCGAUAGUAUCGGCUUACAUACGUCUUCAUCUGCCAUCGUUCUACCCCUAACAGCCGCUGAUCUCAAGCCAUCGGCACUAGGAAAGCUGCCCAAGAGGUGCGAUCAAGUCGGCUUUCGGGAAGGGCACGACGCAGCAGAGGAGACAGUUUCUUCUCUUGAGGGACUCAUUCGCCACGAAAUACAGGAGUAUUUCCAAGUCAAGGGGCGCAUCUCAGCAUCGAAGGAUCGGUAUUCUGGCUCGGCGCUACCCAAGUUGAAAAAUUCGACGUCUCGGCGGCUAGCUAUGAUAAUUGAGGGAUCUGAGAGGAAAUAUGAAGCCGGCAGCCCGGUCGUUACCCUCCGGUCAAAGGGCAGAAAGACGCCGCUGUGGCUCGUACAUCCCGGUGUCAGAGAAAUCCUGGUCUUCAUGAACCUCAUGAGGCUCACCAACGACCGGCCAGUCUAUGCCUUCCGUGCGGAGGGUUUCGAUAGCGGUGUUUCGCCUUUUGCCUCCUUGGAUGAGUUGUCGGAUUACUAUUUUCAGCACCCCAAAGCCGUCCAAGCAAAGGGGCCGUAUGCUAUCGCAGGCUAUCCGUUCGGCUCCAUGAUUGCCUUCGAAUUAUGUAAGAGACUCGAGACAGCAGGUGAUGAGGUUCUUUACUGCGGUUGCUGGAACCUUCCGCCGCAUAUAAAGCACCGCAGGAGACAGUUCGGCUGGGUAGAGUGUCUCGCCAACUUAUUUCACUUCACGAAGCUCAUCGAACAGGAUCAGGCUUUACAGCAGAUCCCCAUGUUGCGCACAUUCUCAAAGCAAGAAGCAGUCGCCCACCUCCGAGCCCCCAGCGACUCGGAUCGUUGGCUUGAGUUAGGCCUCGGCGAAGAGGAGUUUGUCAAGUGGGCAGCUUUGGCAUCUUCGCUCCAGCAUCUGGCUCGAGACUACGAGCCGCGGGGAACGAUACGCAGCAUGGAUGUAUUUGUCGCAGAUCCUCCACAAGGAGGUAGCUAUUGA